GUUGUAUUGUAGUAGCAGAACGAACACCUUCUUUGCAUCGAAAUUUCUCUAAUAAGGUAAUCGAAUAGACGCAAGGAUGUCCGCCGAAGUGGAGGAACUAUUGAAGCGCUUUCAGUCCAUGAAGAACGUCACCGGCAUAGUUGUGGUGGACAACGACGGCAUUCCGAUCAAAACGACCCUGGACUACACUCUGACACUCCACUACGCGGCACUGAUGCAAACGGUGCGGGAGAAGGCUCGCCAGGUGGUCCUGGAUCUGGACGCCACCAACGAAUUCACCUUCCUGCGGCUGCGGACUGAGCAGAAUGAGGUGAUGCUGUGCCCGCAGGAAGAUUACUUCAUCAUGGUGAUCCAGAGCCCGUGCGACUAGAGCACAAUAUUCCAGGCCCAAGCUCAUUCCGCUGGCAAUUAUUUUCAGGCAGAGUGUUCAGUAAAUGUUAUUAAAAUACUCGGCAUAGUCUCGAUUUCGCACACC